AUCGGAAUCAACUGCAUGAUGUUGACAUUGAGGAAAGAAGCACCUAGGUAUAUAUUGAAUGAAACUUCUUACAAAUAGAAAAAAAGUAGAUCACUGACUUCUAGUUGUACUUUAGUCGUUUCGACAGAGAAAGAGGCCAGGACACCACUUGGGAAUGCAAGGGGUUGACUCGUCUCUAAACAGCGAGCUAGAAUCUAGUAUCACCCACAAAAUUAGCGCGAAGCAAAUUCAUCAUUAUAAGGUUGUACUGUUUCCCAGCGUGUUGAUCUUGAUCGGUGCUGUGCAUGUUAUUACUCAGCAUGGUAAUGGUAAUGGUUGUGCCUGUCAUUGAGUAUCUAUUUGCGAGAACCUUUCCUUUGUAAUUGUGAGAAGCACGACCAUAAUUGAUAAAAAGUAAUCCACCUUGCUCUAAUCUUCAAGUUAAAGAUUGAUCAUUAUCUUCCUCUUCAGUGAAUGAUUCAAGGGUUCUCGUAAGCUCCUAAGAAGUCGCCACAUGCCUCAAAAAACGGUGACGCAACUUGGGAAGAAUUUAGGAACCGUACAACAGCAUUUGCAUUGUCGGGAAGAGGACGACUGCGAAAGCGGUGCUUUUUCGAAAUCGUAUGUACGGCGUGAUAAAAUACGACUCGUUUGCGUCUGCGAAAACAAGUGUGGUUUCAGCUAGACGUAUUGACUAUUGCUGGGACGUCAGAUCUUUCGGCCGACGCUCGUACUCGAACGGCCCUCACCUGCUUUGCAGCUGAUUCGUCGAGGCUCUUUGACGCGUUUCUGCAGAGGCUUUCCCUUAACAUAUUCAGGGAACCGUACGGCAGCGAUAGAUGGAGCAGGUUGACGUGAAAACGAAUUGCCAUCUUGUGUUAAUCUCCGUUGAGCAGAGGAAGAGCAGACGCAAGACAACGCCUUAAAAGUCGUUGUAUCUUGUUCGAUUAAGUAGGAAAGCAAGAGGUGAGGCACGGACAGAGAAACAUCACAUAACGUGACCCUCAACGCCGCGGAGUCGAUCGUGCCUUCCCUUCGUAGAGAGACAAGUGGUGCUGGUUCAUUGCGACGCCCUCUGCAUUGGCUCGAUGGUAGUGUCGAGGAGAUAUUUUUGUAAGCACAGAAGUUAGUACAACUUUUUCCUUCGGGAAUUCGAAAAGCGUCCGAGGUAAUCAACAAGCCAGGUAAAGCUAACGAUCCGAAACGAUAGUUACCGAACACUGGGACCUUGUUGCUUGAGAGAAAUUUUACCUUCAGAGAAUCGGCACGGCAGAGGCACCGGCGACCCUGUUACUUUGAUAGAAUUUUCCGUCAGGAGCUGGACGAGAUAGAAGAUACUGUUCUCCAUUUCUGUGCCUCUCGGAUCGCUCGUUCGCACUUGUACCACGUCUACUAGCGCGCAGAAUUUCACAAGUGAGUACCCCGCGAGUUCUAUAGAAGGGAAAAGAAAUAUAUAUUAUAUAGAAUACAUCUACAACUGUUCGCUGCAACCAGUACCACGGCAACAACCACUAUAGUUGCAAGUCGCUAGUGUGCAGUGACUGUAAACGGUGGCGGAGGCAACUAGUACAAACUGCAAUGCUGCAGUAAGUUGAGCAGCAACAUCAAGACGGCUUCAAAAGUUCCGAGAAUCGAAUGGCAGGGCCUCUUGUUGCGAGUAACGAGAGUAGCUGCAGUUUUACCGAUGCGAAGUCCGGUUGAUUCGCAUCCAGGAGGAGAGGCGGAGGCGCCGAUCCCGAAAAAGAGCAGUUAUAAAACACAUUCUGAGCAGCUCCAGCGGCCUCAGGGGAGCACCAUGAACGUGAACCGCCUUGCCGGAAAUUGGCUACAAGACGUACAUAUUUUCAUAUUUAUUUUGUGAAAAUCUUCUUUCAUCCUCAUCGUUAAGAAAAUAGCUCUUACUUUCUCGUCAACAAUAUGAUUCUUCUGAGACGCUCUACUUCUGGUAGCAUUUUUCUCCUCUACUAUUUUUGCGUUAACAUGAAGAAGUCUGUAUCUUGUAGCUGCAAGACCAAGAGACUAGUUAAAAAAUGGAUUCUUUCAUCAUGAUCAUUUUCUCUUUUCAUUGAUUGACAUGAUUAGAACGAGGCCAGCCGGACAAUACGGCCCAUGAGUAUCGGGAGUGCGGGAUCGCCAGUCGCGUCUCCGAUAAGGGCCUCAACAGGCAGUACAACAAAUUUCCAGCCUUAUACGGGUGGUAUGACUGCUCCUGGCCUCAGCAUGCCGAAUAUCCUUAUGUUGGUGACAAAAUAUGUCAUAUCUUGAAAUACAUUGAGAUUGACAUUGACAGAAGGUUGUGAAAGCAUCACAAUAGACCUGUAACUUCGGGGUAUAACAAUUAUCACGGUGUGCAGUGAGACGUAGAAAGGGGCGCUCGCUGUUCUAUCAGCUUUGGACUUACAACAUGUCUAUAAUGAGUGCAAGCGGGAGCUCAACAUCACAGCCCAGUGGAGGGAACGGCGUCGGUCUCGGGUUAGUAGGUGUUGGUCCGAACACAGGUGGCCUCGGGUCUUCGCUGAACAACACAAACGGUGCCGGACCAUUGUCGUUUUCACCACAUACUUCGCCAAACAUAGGGGGGUCUGCAGCCAUGAAUGCCGCGCGAUAUGCUGGCAAGCAUGGCGGACCUAGCAGCGGCGGCGGACAUGAGGCGGUACGACGAACUAUUUUCCUUUUCUUUGAUAUUUUAGUUGGUAGGUACUACAACUUUUACUUCGACUUUCACUUUCACAAAAUUGAUCUAUACAAAGUGAGUUGCUUUAUUGUGAUUGUCGUUGUCAUCGUCAUCGUCAUGGACUUCUUGGAGUAUCGCCUACCAACCCCCACAAAAAUUUUCAGGGUUACGGGUCAAGAGGGCUUGAUGGCGGGUCCCGAGGAAGUUUCUCAACGAGCCAGCAUCCCAAGCGAAAGCAGCCGCCAGAAUACAAUUUGGGGCCACCAAGAGAUCUCUCAAAGAGAGAGUCAGUAAAAAAGCGAGAUUCAUCGUACUUCAGUGAAUUUCACUUCUCUCAUACAAGCACAGAUUGAGACUCAAUUUUUCAUUGACAUUCUGAUGCUGAAUAUGCCAUGUAUAAAUCUACAUUUGUACAACAAUAGAUACUAUUGCUCAUCUAGAUCUAGAAGAUCUAAUGAUUCUAAAUCCUUUAGUUUUUUACCGUUGCUGUUUUCGAGCUGCAUCUUACAUAUUCCCAUAAUGAACUGUCAUUCUGAUGAAGAUAUUACAUCGAACGAUUCGAAGUCUAUCUUGUACACCGAACUGAUGUUGUUUUCACAGCUAAUUCUAAUGUUGAUUCGCAUUGCGAAUUUCGCAAUGAUCAUCUACGCACAAGCACAUCGAACUGAUAGAAUUGUUCAUCCAGGUCGCCUGCUCUCGAUGCCGAUCCGGAUGGGUUUGGGGAUUAUCUCGAAAGAUUACCAGAACCAAGCAAUAGUGGUUUUGGCGUCGCAGGUGGUUUUCCAGAUAACGAGCAUGAAGCUGUUGCCAUACUUACGGCUAGGUGGUGAUUACUGUCUCGUCUGGGGUAUCCUCAGCGAGGUGCCUACUACUACUUAAAAAUGUCAGGAAGGUUAUAAUGGCAAUGGGAUCUAACAGAUCAUACAUAAUUAUUUCAUGUGUGAAGAUAAUCCUGAGUGGAUCCAAUCUCCUUGGUGUCAAUGGGGCUUUAUUGGGGGAGAGGCGAGAAUCAGGGGGUAAUCAAGAAGAAUGAAAGUAACUACUCACUCAACCACGGGUAGUGAUUGCCUACGUCUAACAUACGUGCCCCUGACUCUACCAUAAUAUUCUCUCCGAAGGAGCGACCAAGCAUCGAACAAACAAGGUGCCACACCUGCAUCUCAACCUCCAUAUAUAUUCGUGCAACAAAAUUAUACAUAGAUGAAAUAUAAACAACAUCGAAGCGUGGUUGUAAAAAAUUUUGUGUAAAAUAGCAGAUGGCACUCUAGAAGACGAGACUUCGAUUGGUGACUGUCCAAUAUCUCACCACAACCACUUCCAGGAUUCCAUCGAAUUUCCACCAAAGUGGGCAAGCGGGAAUCUUCCCUAUGGAGCGCACGUCUUCUUCGCCGAGCUCUCCCAAUUCUAUGAGAGAAAGAGAAAAACGCAGGGGCGAGCAAGGUAAUGAGCAAACUGUGCUCCCACUCAGCGUGCCGAUUCCAGGACCGACGUCUGCAUCGGCCUCGACGCAGGUUCUUAUCGUUUCUAGUAAAUUUUAUUGAAUGUAGAACUAGGCAUAGAAGUCUAGGUCGACUUGUACGAGCUCUACGUGAAAAACUAAAGCGACGUUUUAUGUCAGUGUUAGGCUGCAGCAUUCUUAGUGCUAUUGAUUGCCGGGUCUCGCAUUAUAAUCUACGUAAGUAAAGAAAUUAGGAUUAGCAAUCUAGGAUCAGAUCAAAGGUAGAGUCUUUUGUGAGACUUCUUUUGUACUACUUGCUCGAGAAUAUCAAUGUAUGCUCGACCACCUGCGCAUCAGAUGUUAUCCGGUAGUAGCAGCAGUGCAACUGGGAAAAGUCAAAUGACACCAGAGCAAGAGACGAAGGCUCUCCUGAUGAAGCCAUUUUUUAAUCUUCCUGGUUUAAACAUGCCGACAAUUCGUUCCGACGAGUCUGUCCCUGUAUCUGCGCGAGCCUCACAAUUGUAUUGCUCUAGACAUUUCCUUUCGUUAUUAUCAUAAGUACAAAAAACUUGAUGCGAAAUUUGAAUAUGGUUGUCCAAUAGGUGAUUUUUCUUGAUGGCGGUGCUUGCGAAAAUGACAAAUAUCAAUUUGCAGGAUGAAGAAAUAUUUGAAUUUUUUGAAAAUGAUUACCUCGUCUGUCCUAAAAUAAUGAUAUCAGGGGUACGCUGGAUGGGUGGAUAAAUAAUAUGAACCUUGGGCGUAUAGAAACUGUGGAGCCGAAAAUAAUAAAACGCGUUAAGGAACUGCGCAUAAAUCGGGCGUUACGAAGAGACUUCCAAAAUUUCGCGCAAGAAAUCAAAGAGGUUUUCCCACAGGAAACAUUAGACGUCGUCUUCCAGAGGCGGAAAGGCUGUACUUCUUUUACAUGUCUCUAUGCAUACUGGUCCCUCUAAAGGUAGUGACUAUUUUAUGUACAACUAGGUUGUACAACUACACGAGAACGUACUAUAGGUUCAGCAGGUACUAGACGUGAUGUAAUGUGAAAAUAUGAGGAUGAUUUUUCGUUGUCUUGCUACAGGGAUUUCUGAUUUGAUUGCACUUCACAACUACUCUCAAUUUCUUUGACUUGCAUAUUGAUAAUUAAUUGUAACAACUGAAAACAGCUUCGAUCAAUCCGGUGGAUAUCAAGAAAUUUGCGGGAGCAGGGUUGAAUCAUGAAUUUAUCAUGAUUGGACCCUCAGGAGGAGGUGGAAAAUUGCUGAUAAAGGUCAUUGCCGUGCGCCAGGAAACACCUGGCGCUUCUCAGGGAGAGGCGGUCGAAACUGAGUACCUGAGGCACGUGUGCCCCGACUUACCGCGUGACCCAAACGUCUGUUUUCCCAUCGCCUCAUAUCGUGGCAAUAUCAAGCGACCCAAGGAUGCACAUGCAGAUGGUAUCACUACUUCUACUUGAAUUAAGUAGGAGUGCUCUGUGAAGAAUGCAAGGUAGAGACGAAUUGUGAUUAGAUCCUUGCUGAAUAGCCAUCAAAUCGAAAUUCGGCAAAUAAUUCUUGUGACUUUUGACUGCCGACGACAAAGAGAGGUAUUGAACACCGUAUCUACCGUCGCAGGACCCUAGCUUCAUAAGCACAAGAAUGAAUAUCCAGUUGCAUAGCAUUUUUCACAUAUGGAAACAGGUGGACUGAAGUAUUACGAUAUAGUGGUGUUGAAUUUUGUGGACGGGUGCAUAAAUAUUCGCGACCUAGUGAGCGCAUUUGAUCGCGCACCACAAGAGGUCCAAGGUGACCUCUACGGCUACAUGGAAGCCCUGAUAGGAAACCAGAUUCCAGUUCUUUUCCACCGGUACUACCUUUAAGGCGUGUUUUCCUAUUCAAUGCGAAUCAGAAUUUGUGAUUAACUCACCAGAGACGCUUUUCUGAAAGAGUGAAAAUAAUUCUCUGAAGAAGAUCUUAAUAAAAAAGAUGAAGCUAUUGAAUAUCAAGAUGAAUGGUCGAGGCUUUCUAAUACCUGAAACACCGACGAAAGAUGGGUGAUGGAAAGGCCGACAACAUUCUGAUGAGCAAGGACGGUAGCCUCCUUUUAUGGCGCUUGAAAUUUUUUAUUUUUUUUCACUGUUGCUUAUGCUUCCUGUCCCUCGUUCUCGUAAGCAAAGUCUUACAACUUUUCUCUGAGGUACAAUUUGAUGUAAGAUAAGGUCUUCGGCAGAUUGCCGAACAGAUUCACAUCAUCAAGGUGAAGGAAUUUUGAGAAAAUCCAAGACAUGUUAUAGAUAUAUGUGUCAGGGGUGGAGGCUGCCCCCCCCCUGUGGAUGGAGCGGUGGUGGCGUCCGCGCGCCCAUUUUUCCGCGGUGGUGACAUGUAAGGACCUCCAGGGGGAAGGUCCCAAAAGGCGGAGCCGGAGGCUCCUGGCGGCUCUCCGCGUGUACCCCACAGGCGUCCCGACUCUUGGACCUUAUCAGGGGGGCGGCCUCCGAGGGAAGAUGAAGGCCGCCGAAGGCGGCCACGGUCGCGAGGCUUGGCCCCUUUGGCCCUCAUCCCCCAACUGGUGGCAGCGUCCGCCACCACCAAACGCCUGGGGGGUUGAGGACUAAAGGCGAGGAGGAGCGGGGGCAAGGCGUGCCCGCCUGGGUUCUGUCGGAUACAUGCAGCACGGCGAAAGGGGUCAAGCCUUGCCACCUGCUGCCCUCGGAGGCCUUCCACCUCCCAAGAAACUCCCCCAGUGAGGAACCUGCACCCACUGGAGGCAUGUAGGGCACAGGCAACAAGCCGCAACAAGCCAAGGGGAGCCCAGCCUUGUCACCUUCGGAAGCCUUGCACUCCCGGCCUUCGGUGCUUCAACGGCCUCAGGGAUGGGGGCUCUGUAGGGUCCAGGCAAGAAGCGGGAAGGGGUCGGAGGUGGGCGGAAAAGGGUCCGGGGCGGGAGGCUCCCCCCCUCAAAAAUUUAGCUCUGGGGGGCUUCGCCCCUGGUCCCUGGAACAUAUAUAAAGGCACGAAUAGGUGACGUCGUUGUCGACCCACUUCAACUCAAUUACAUAUCACCAAGAAGAAGAACCCGAGUUCUAACCCUCUUGUGCGACAUCGGAAGUACUUUCAACGCAGUCAUUCGGCCGUGCGACAAGGGCGAGUUUCUCCGCUCGUUGCAACCAAGCCACGGAGACAGUCCGGUCAACCUUCUGAAGGAAGCCUUCGAGAGAUAUUUUCGAAGUACUUCAAUGUCCACUCACUAGUAUUACUAUAGUUUUCAUCUCGUCAGGGUCAGGGAAAUCUACUUAAGUAGCCACCUUGCAGAAUAUAUUCAAAUCAUCAAUUUUCAUCUCGUGUUGUACAACAAUGUAGUCUUAUUUUUAUUCUCGUGUAAUUACGAUAUCAUAAACUAUACUGCUCGUAAAUAGGCUCCUCAGUAGCAACAAAGUUAGUCUCUGUUGCUUCCCGUUUUAGGUCCUCCGGAUCACGCCACUGUGGACCUCCAUUCGUCCUUUCCGACAGUAAAUCAGAGGCAUAUGAAUGCAGAGUUGUCAAAGCAUCUAGAGGUUUAUCUCAGUCAGAAGGGUGGACUUCUGCGUACUGGAGCAGUGAAGACAGGAGUACUUUUCUGUUACAUAUUUUUGAAAAAAAGCACAUCAAACAUAAGUCACUAAUAAGUAUGACUAUCUCGAACCGCAAGCCUUCAAUGUUACGUUCAUCAUCGUUGUCGUCUUCGUGAUUUUUACUUCAAAGCUGAGCCUCAAUCUCAAUAACGCCUAAAAAAAUGCUCUCAGCAACUGGGAGCCGGCGUCUCGCUCAACGUUCCCACACUAGCCUCCGGUUUGGGUUUAACGGGCGUGUCAAGUGCUCCACAAACACUGAAUAUUAUGAAAAGAAUUGAGUAAGAGUUUGAGAAUGACAGAAUUUAGAAGUAUGAUAAUCGUGGACAUUGCACAAACACACUAACAGGAGUAACAAAAAUUCCAGCAAGGAAGAAGUAGAACGCAAAACGUGCUGCUGGGAGAUGCCUCGUUUCUUUGUUUGUGGAUCCAUAAUUUUUCAUAGCUCUAAUAAUGUGAGCAAUAAAGUGACGCUCCAGACGCCAGCGAACAUGCCGACACUUGGUGCACCUGGAGGAUUCACUUUUGGCGUUAAUCGCUAGCUUUCCGGCCAACGCAGAGCCUGGAGAAUCCAGGAUAUUCAGACUCACUUCAUGAGUAGAUUCCUGUGUGACAGACAGAGUGCUUGUAUCCCAGAGAGCAUCUACUACACGCAUGACUUAUAAAUAUAUCCUAUUUCUUCUAAAAAGUGUUUAUCAAUUUUGAGCAUAGAGAUUUCGUCACGAUUGGAAAGCUGUAGAAGUAGAAGGCUGCGUGAGAAUUACUUAUGUAGUUCAGGGAAGUACUGUGUUUUCUCACUGGCCUUCUACAGACACGCUAAUCAUUUACCGGGACUCUGCAGAUUCUCCUCUUUACGCUGUGUCACAUGAAGACCUCAACGUUUACCCUAAGUCCUAAGAAUUCGGAUGGCUAAAGUGCUCUCCAUAGAAAUUCCUGAUCUAUAAUGUUUUUUAUGUUAACUUCGUCUAGCUUUUCUUUUCAUUUCUUCGCAGUGCAGCAAGCACAAGAUACUGAGAAUGUCUUCGGUUCGGAGGCAGCAUAUUACCAGUUGAUGACCGUAUUAGCUUCUGUUUUGUCAUGUCCUCGUAUCUUCCCAGGAGCAACGCAUUAGCAGUUUCCUUGUCCCAUGUUUCUCCAUAGCACAACGAAUGUUUUGAAAGCUAGUACAGCUACAACCUGAACAAGUGAUAUUUGAUAAAUAACUAAGUAUCUAGGUAAAUAAUAUGAGAGUUGUGACGUUUAUCAAAAUUUCAGGUACUCGGAUGAUCAUUCAAACACGUUAGGUCUACCACGCUAAUGAUUGCCUGCUAGGACUAUUAGUCUAGUUUUUGCAGAGAAUUUUGUUUUCGGGUGACGACUUCAUCUUUUUUCAGCUUCUGAUGCAUAUACUGGAGAAUCGGCAUUGAUGGAGGGGAGCACUCCUGUGCAUCCAUGCAGAGUUAUAGCCGAGACACAUUUUUAAUUUUAUGAGACUGAGACACUCAUGCGACCACUUUUUGAAGAUUUUGAUUUCACGACUUCGCUGGAGAAUUAUGUUAAAAAGGAAGAUAGCUUUUCGGAAUCGUUGGAACGACGGUCACCCUGCUGGCGUGCAUCUCGGGGUCACCUCCGGUCUCGAGCAGCGCUUUGAGUUCGAGAGCGAGCAAAAUGCAUAAUGGCGACAGAAGAUUUGUCCUGCAAGUUGAGAGUCGUUCCGCUGAUGUAGUCGAGUGUCGGUAAUGUUUGUAAUCAUGGAGUAGAAGAUCCUUGUCGUUUUCAAAAAUUUCUAAGCCUGGCUUCGGCGUCGCACCCGCUAGGUGAGUUUCUCUAGCUAUAUGCAGAUCGUUGGUUAGGUGCUAGCGCAACGCUAGGAAUUAUAUACGCACUUGAGCGGCCUACUUUUGAUCGUUAACCAGGAGCCAGCUCCCGAAAUAAGUCGAAGAUGUUGAACAAUUAUAUAUAAAUGCGGAAAGAGCCAUAGACUCCGAAUGAUUGCGGAGUAGCGUUUGCGCCUAACUAACUUCUAAGGGCAAAGUAAGAGGUCAAACAAAAAAAGGGGGGCCAGCAUAUUCGCGAGACCAGGACUGAAGUGUGGAGGUUAGUCUUUUCCGGAAAAACUUAACGACAUCAAAGCUAUUCGUUCUAGUUUUGAGCUAUUUCUUUCAUCGUCUGUUUUAAACGCAAAUCACACAUCACCACCUCCCACAACGAACCGGCUAUGCAAAAAUCAAUCGCCACACGAAUCACCUCAAUUAUGCAACCUUUCUACUUUUUGUCAUGCGUUUUAACC